CCUCUUGCGCCAGCGCUUAACAACACUGUUGACUCAAUACUAGUUCGUCAUUGCAGAUGAUACUCGCGAACAAGUUGUGCCAUUUGCACCACAGUCUUGAUUCAGUACUAGUUUGAUCAUUGUAGAUGAUACUCGCGAACAAGUUGUGAUAUUUGCAUUUCGCUCGCACAUAUGUUGCUGCAUGGCUCUAAAGUAAGAAGCAAGCGCGCCCAUUUUGUGAGCGUCCAAACAUCAUUUGAAAAAAACGCGUUGCUCAGAACAGGGGGCUAUGCUUUAACGCGUUAAACUUGUGAAAAACUGUGUCAGAGUUAUUUAAACGUUUCAUGUCAAGUCAUUAUUGUGCGAGUUAAAUAGUUAUAAAGGUUUGUUAUUUUUUUGUGUAAAAGAAAAUCAUAUUGAAGAUGGAGCUGCGCGUGUGGAAGUCAAUGCUGCUUAAAUGGGUGAAGGAAUGCAAUUUUCUAGAAAAUUGUGCUGUAAUUGAGGAUUCAGAUAUUGACGCCUUUUUUGAGGUGUAUGUGCAGCAUGCCCAAGUUGAGUUGCCGGCACAGGAGCUGUCAACGCAAGCGCAGCUGCGUCCGCUGCAAAUUUUUCUGAAAGAAAUUUAUCCAGACUUUAUGCCACAUUUGGAUACCAAUGGUUUUCUGCUGCCAACAGACCAUAUAUAUGUUUACACAUUGCUUUUGCACUAUACAUGUGUAAAAAGUCCAAGCGAAUAUUUUCAUAGCAUUUGCAAGAACAUGCCCGAUCACAUGCAAAGAUGCUUUGCAGCAUUUUUCGAACAAACUGUAAACAGGCCAGAGCUAACGCGUAAUCGCCUGUGCCAGACUAUAGCCAGUGUGGGCAACAAUCUACCCGCUUUGGAGCCAGUCAUCCUAGUGCCAGAUAGUACGCCACCAGGACGCUUGCGUCUACGUCGCACUAGUCCCGCCAGUCCACCAGGUGGUGAUGUGCUAGACAGCAGCUACUGUCAACCAACGCCAAAAACUCAGCUGCUUGAGCAACGCACGCGUGAGUUGUUGGGCUUGCGCGCUCUGCUGGAAACGGAGCGUUAUGAAAAAACUAUGCUGGAAGAGCAAAUACAUGAAAAUGAGCAUUUGAUCAAUUCGCUAAGCCGAGAGAACAAGGUGAAAAAGGAGCAGCUAGCUAAGCUCAAGGCCACGCUGCAGCAUGAGCACGAUGAUAAGGAUGAGGAAAACCAAGUGCCCAACUAUGUGCCCAAUGAAUAUGAUAAUCUGAAGCGCAGACUGCUUAAGGAGCUAAGCCACAAGGAUGUCAUACUAGCCGAUAGCAAUGAGCAGUUGCAGGAGCUGAAAGCUGAACAUACUAAGCUUAUGCACAAGCUGAAAGCCUCUGAGAAGCAAGUGCGGAUCUGCAUGGAUAGCAUAAGUGAGCUGGAGCUGCGCGUGGAAAAUGUUUCGCAAGAAGCAGCAAGCAAGGAUGAUGAAAUAAGUUGCUUGCAGCGUGAUAAGCUGGAGUUGGAGCAAUGUCUGCAGGAGACACGUGAUGAGCUGCACAAAGGACGCGAAGUGCUUAACUCGUCGGGAGACUUGCUGGACAGUUCUCUGUCUGGGGGCGGCUUGAUGAAUGUCACACCGGAAAACUUGGCAAGCUCUGUGAUUGAUAAACAGCUGCGUGAACGUGAGCUAGAGAAUCUAAAGUUGCAGGAGAAACUGCAGCAGCUGCAGCUGGAGCAGGAUGCCAAGCAGGCGGAACUUGAGCAGCUGCUGGCGAAACAAAAGGAAGUGCAGAGCUUCUUGAGCAACUUGUCGCCCAUGUUGGGUGGCGAGGCUCAAGCUGCGCAGAGUUUGCAACAAAUGGAGCAGGCGCUGCAGCAAACAUUCACUAAGCUAAACGAGCAGCAGCAACAAAGUGAGGCAAAGCGUCUGCAAUUGCAACAGUUAGUAGAGCAACUGCGUCUGAACAUAACCGAAGUGCAGCAGCAACAUUCGUCGCAGCAGUCCAAGCAAUUGGAACUAUUGCAAGCACUCAAUGCGGAGCAGCAACAUGUCGAUAAAGAUUUGCCAGCCUUGCUCAAACUAUUUGUGCUGCAGCAUCAGCAACUUAAGCAGCAAACCAAGGAAUUGGAUAAGCUGCAUGCCAAGGCUUUAGGCGAUCUUGGCCAAAUGCGUGAGAGACUUGUAAGUGCUGAUGUUGAGAAUGAUGCCAAGGCAAAGAAGUUGCAGCAAUUGCAUGAAAAAAUGCAGCUGUUGCAAGCCCAGCAUGAAGAUGAGGUGCAGCAAUCUGAGACUUUGCUUAAAGCAUUGAAGGCGCAGCAGUUGCAAGAGCAGCAAAAGUUCCAACAAGAGUUGCUUAAAGAGAGCGAACAAAAGCUGAAAGAGCAGAGCAACAAGCUGAAGGCUGAGAAUGCAGAUAGAGUUAAACACUAUGAGACUUUGAUUGAAGAACUGAAUGCGAAGCAGUUGCAAGGACAGCAAAAAAAGCAGCAGCUGCAGCAAGAGUUGCAAUUGCUUAAAGAGAGCGAGCAAGCGUUUAAAGAGCAGAGCAACAAGCUGAAGGCUGAGAAUGAAGAUAGAGUUAAACACUAUGAGACUUUGAUUGAAGAACUGAAUGCGAAGCAGUUGCAAGAACAGCAAAAGUUCCAACAAGAGUUGCAAGUGCUUAAAGAGAGCGAGCAAGAGCUGAAAGAGCAGAGCAACAAGCUGAAGGCUGAGAAUGAAGAUAGAGUUAAACACUAUGAGACUUUGAUUGAAGAACUGAAUGCGAAGCAGUUGCAAGAAAAGCAGCAGCUGCAGCAAGAGUUGCAGGUGCUUAAAGAGAGCGAGCAAGAGCUGAAAGAGCAGAGCAACAAGCUGAAGGCUGAGAAUGAAGAUAGAGUUAAACACUAUGAGACUUUGAUUGAAGAACUGAAUGCGAAGCAGUUGCAAGAAAAGCAGCAGCUGCAGCAAGAGUUGCAGGUGCUUAAAGAGAGCGAGCAAGAGCUGAAAGAGCAGAGCAACAAGCUGAAGGCUGAGAAUGAAGAUAGAGUUAAACACUAUGAGACUUUGAUUGAAGAACUGAAUGCGAAGCAGUUGCAAGGACAGCAGCAGUUGCAGCAAGAGUUGCAAGUGCUCAAGGAGAGCGAACAUGAGCUGAGAGAGCUGAGCAACAAGCUGAAGGCAGAGAAUGAAGAACUGAAUGCGAAGCAGUUGCAAGGACAGAAAGAGCUGCAGCUGGUGCUGAAAGAGAGCAAACAAAAGCUGGGAAAGCAGCGAAACAAGUUGCAAGAGGAUAAUAAUGCUAAAGUUGUGCACUAUGAGGCGUUGCUUGAAGAUCUCGGCAGCGCGGCGCGAGAGCAGCAAGCGGAGGCAAAGGCUAAGGUGGACGAAGCUGAAGCGGCAAGUGCAGCAUUGCAACAAGAACUCGAAGCGAACAAGCAAGCGGCAAAGCAACAAGCCGAGGAGCUACAAAGCUUGAAGGAGCAACUGCAGUUGGCACAUGAGCAGCAGCUGGAAGCGCAAUUGGCAAUUGAAGCGCAUCAUCAGACAAUACAGCAGCUGUCCAAGGAGUUAGGAAGCGGGCAGCAAAAAUUGAAGCAGUUGACAGCAGAGAAGCAAACAAUCGAGGCGAAGCUACAUGAAUCUGAGCUGACCGUCGACAAGCUGCAGCAGGACGCUGAGCAGCGAUCAAAGGCAAUGGCAAGCUUGCAGCAAACACUGCAGCAGACCGAGGAGCAGUUGCCACUGAUUCAAGCUGCGGUGGAAAAGGAAUUGCAACUCAGCAGGCAGCAGGAACGCGCAGCAGCUGAAAAGCAGAUAGCGAGCUUGCAAGAGUCAUUGCAGCGCAUGGAAGCAGCGAAGCAACAGCAGCUGACAGAGAGUGAGCAGCGGGAACUGGAGAUGGCAGAGCUAGCUCGAGCAUUCGAAGACAAGUUGCAGCAACGCGCUGAGAUAACAAGUUUGGAGCUGAAACAGAUGGAAGAAGCGAAGCAGCAGGCGGAAAUUGCAACUCAACAGUUGCAGCUGCAGCUGGACGCACUGAAGCAACAGCAGCUGACAGAGAGGGAGCAGCAAGCUCAAGCAUUUGAAGCCAACUUGCAGAAAUCCGCUGAUAUGGCAGGUUUGAAGUUGGAACAGAUGGCAGAGGCGAAGGACGCAAUUGAAGCAAAGUUGCAGCAGGCGGAGCUUGCAACAGAAGAGUUGCAGCAGCAAAUGGAUGCACUGAAGCAACAUCAGCUGGCAGAGAGUGAGCAGUGGAAUAAGGAGUUGGCAGAGCUGGCUCAAGACUUCAGCGAGCAGUUGAAGCAACGCGCUGAGCUGGCAAGUUUGCGGUUGGAAGAUGUUCAGACUGAGCUUGAACAAGCGCAAGUCAAGUUGCAACAGCAAGAGGCGCUGGUGGCAACACUACAAAGCGAGUUGGAAGUAAAGCAGCAACAGCAAGCAGAGCUUACCACCAAUGCAGAGCAGUUGCAACAACAGCUGGUGGCAGCCAAGCAAGCGGCUGAGCUGCAAGUCGAGCAGCUGCAACAAAAGUCGGAUGAGACCAAGCAGCAGCUGCAGCAGCAACUGCACGAAAUGGAAUCCAAGCAGCUGAGCGUGCAACAGCAACACAAACAAACGCUGGAGCGCUUGGCCAAGCGCGAUGAGGAACUGGAGCGCACCAAGAGCUUGCUCGAUGCUAGCACCAAACGUGUGGAAAAGAUGGCCAUUAAGCUGGGUGAACUGCAGGCUAUGUUGGCUAAGAAGCAACGCGGCAGCAGCACCACCACCAGCAGCAGCAGCAGCAACAGCAACUCGGAGCAGCAAGCUUGGCAAGAGCGUCUGGGCAAGCUGGAGAAGCAGCGUGAAGCGAACGAGAAGAAGCAACGCGAGCUGAAACAAGCGCUGAGCAGUGUGGAGCAGCAAAAGGUGCAACUGCAACUGGAAGUGGGCGGCUUGAAUUCCCAAAUAGUGCAGCAGCAGCAAAAGCUUACACAGCUUACCCAAGAGCUGCAGCUGGCCACGAAGCAGCAGCAGCAGCAACAACAACAACAGGACACUGGCUUGGCCGAGCUGCAGUCACAGCUGGAUGAGAAACUCCAACAACUGGAGCAGCAACGCGAGGAGCAACUCGAGCGUGAGUCGCAAUAUCAGCGCAAUUUGCAAGCGCUGCAGGAGCAGCUCAACGAAAGCCAAGCUAAGCUUGUGGAGCAGCAGCAGCAGCAACAACUGGCCGCUGCAACGUUGCCUGUUGCUGAUCUGCGAUCUCGGCAGCAACUCGAAUUAGAUUGCCAAAUACUUCAAGCCAAAUAUCGCGAUGCCAAAGAGGAAAUUGGCAACUGUGAGCAGCGACUGCGCGAUCAGCGACUCGAAAUGGAGGGAAAGCUGGAGAAGCUCAAGGCCAAGAUGCGUACGCUCUAUACGACGGAGGUGAAUCGCAUGAAGGAGAAGCAGGAGCGCGAUGCGGCCAAUACGAAACUGGAAAUGGACAAGCUGAUGGUGCAGAACUCCAAGUACGAGGAGCAUACACGCAAGCUGUCGAAUCAAAUAGUGCGCUUGAAUGAGAAAAUACUUGAGCAGCAGAAGCAACAUGCCAUGACCAGCACCAAGUUGCGUCAUCUGCAGGAGGCGGCGGAGCAGGCGAACGCAGCUUCUGCUGCUGCUGCUGCUGUCAGCAGUGAGGAAUGGAAGCCAUUUAAGCGCCCCACGGCGCCAGCAGCUGGCAACAUGGCUGCCAAUCUGGCGAUGGAGGAUGAGGAGGGUGAAGUGUUUAAUAAUACCUACUUGACAGAUUUAAAACUGGGUCGCGUGCCUGAUAUAACUGCUGAGGAGUUGCAAUAUCGCAACUCGUUGCAGCCACCGCAUUUGAAGAGCGCCUAUGCAGCUCAAUAUGACUUGAAUGCUCAAGAGGACGAACUGAAAGACGGACCACAUAGCCUCGAUGACAGCAUGAGCGCUUUGCUUAGCUCCACGGGCGCUGCUGCCCGCAAGAAGACCAUGGGCACACACUAUAAGCGUCCGGGUCCGCCCACGCCCAGCAAACAUGGCGGACGUCUCUCUUUUGGCAGCUCGGAGCCGCCGCGCGAGAUUCUGCGCGAAACCUCGGACAAUGGCAUGGCCAAGACGCCGGCGCGCUUCAAACUGUUCGGCUCACGCUUCAGCAUGGGCGGCGGUGGCAGCAGCAGCGCUGCCGGUUGCACACAGUCGCUGCCACGCGAUGAGCGUCAGCGUUCGCAGAAGCGACAACAACAACAGAAGUUGCUGGCGGGCUUGCAGCGACGCAAGCUGCAGCAACGCGCUGCACGCUACUUUGCCACAUCGACGCCACGCAAGAGCCGCUCCUCCUACGAUCAAAGCGAGCAAGCUUUGAUUUAUGCCAGCGAUGCGGAUGCGGCGCAAGUCGAGGAUGCGGGCACGCCGCACUUGUGCCAGGCCGAGCUGCUGGCGCUGACCAAUGGCCAGGCCAGGCGGCUUAGCUUGAAGCGUACGGCAUCCAGCACCAGCUCGGGCAGCAGCGCUGCUCAGCACAGACGCAAGCGCAUUGGCGGCGGACCACGGGCAUCGCUUUGUCUGCAUGGCAAUAUAUUUGCCAAGAAUCGCAGGCAGCCAACGCAGGCGCAGCUGCGCCAGCAGCGCAGUCAGCAGCAGCGCCAAAUGCGGCAACAGCGCAACGGUUGCUACGAUCGUGGCCGCCAGCUGUGCGACUCGGAGACAGACUCAGCCAGCUCCUCCUUGAGUGGCGAGCCACAGCCACGUGCUAGCAACGUGACCUAUGCGCUUGGCAAGGCCACAACAACCAACAACAACUAUUGUCUGCAGAAUCUCAACGAGCUGCCAGUGGGUGAGACUUUGCUGCUUGGGACGCCAGACGCGCCUACGUUUAAUGUUUCACCAUCGCCAUCGCAUGAGCAGCUGCAGCAGCAGUUUGAGGAUGAGCAUGUUUGCUCCUGGCUAAGCGGCGCUGCCAGCGAACUAAGCCAGGACUUUCAUUUCGAGCAGCUUUGCCAGCAGACAACAUCAACAGCGCCGUUUGAGCUGCAGCCGCUGGUGCUGCAGCCGCCGACGCCACCGCCCCCAACAGCAGCAGCAUCACCAGCAGCACCACAGCAAACAAGCGUGGAGCUAACACGUCUGCCCAGCAAAUCGAACAGCAAUUUAACUGGCAAUACCAGCUGCACUACCAACGGCUCAUCACGCAAAUCCUGGACUGUCUAUUCAUUUGGCCAUUUGCAUACGCAGCGCCUGCCGCUCAUCAGUGUCACGCCCGUGCGGCAGCAGCAGCCUCUGGCUACCUUGGCGGAGCAGCAGCAGCGCAGUCUCAGUCGUCUCAGCUUCAACGAGCUGCUGCUGCUUGGCGUCAUUGUGCUGCUGCUUAUGCUGUUAUCCUAUCUGAGCCAUCUGUUUGGCCAGUUUACGUUGGGCGCCAGCACUGCGCUUGGUCUCUUCGUGCUGCUGAGCGUUUAUUGCUACAGCAGCCGCAAGCCGCAACAACAACAACAACAACAACAACAACAAGCAGCAAGCAAUUGAUUUAUGUCUCUUUGUUCAACUUAACUUAACUUUAUUUUCAUUUUGACAGAACUCACCGCCGAAGCGUCGCCUCAGCAACAUGUUCAAGCGCAAAUAGCCCUCAGGCUACAACAUUUUGUACAGCUAGCCGUCGCUCUA